UUAAUCUUCUAGUAUUCUCCAUUGAAACUCCUCCCAGACAUCAGCAGGAUGCAUCGCAGAGGUGUUGGUGCGGGAGCGAUUGCCAAAAAGAAGCUCGCGGAGGCCAAAUAUAAGGAAAGAGGAACCGUGCUCGCAGAGGACCAAAUUGUCCAAAUGUCGAAGCAGUUGGAGACCUUCAAGUCCAACCUGGAGGAGUUCGCCAGCAAACAUAAACAGGAAAUCCGGAAGAACUCCCAGUUCAGGGUUCAGUUUCAGGAGAUGUGUGCCACCAUUGGAGUCGACCCACUUGCUUCUGGCAAAGGUUUUUGGUCUGAGAUGCUCGGUGUAGGGGACUUCUAUUAUGAGCUCGGUGUUCAGAUUGUUGAAGUGUGCCUGGCCCUGAAACACAGAAACGGAGGGCUUAUUACUUUGGAUGAACUUCAUCAGAGAGUACUGAAGGGAAGAGGUAAAUUUGCCCAGGAUGUGAGCCAAGAUGACUUGAUGAGAGCCAUAAAGAAACUGAAGGUGAUGGGUAACGGCUUUGGGAUGAUUCCUGUUGGCGGUUCUUACUUGGUACAGUCGGUCCCAGCAGAGCUCAACAUGGACCACACUGUGGUUCUGCAGCUGGCCGAGAAGAAGGGCUACGUCUCGGUGAGUGAGAUCAAGGACAGUCUGAAAUGGGAGAAGGAACGGGCUUGUCACGUCCUGGAUCACCUGCUGAAAGAAGGCUUGGCUUGGUUGGACUCUCAGGCGCCUGGAGAAGCACAGUACUGGCUGCCUGCCCUCUUCUCUGAGAUCACCUCCCGUGAUGUCACGCCAGAGGAGGCCAAUCAGAUGACACCUUAAGAAAUGACUGACUGCCUGUUGGCGACUGAUUCAAAGACUUGUUGGUAAACAAAAUGUGGCGGGUGGGAAGGCUCAUGCGACGGAGUCGGCUGGCAGAACUCCGUCUAAGAUUACUCUCUGAACACGAGGAGAAAAGAUCCCUCCUCGGCUUCUCGGUAACGAGUGAACUCUCGAGACUUUGAGACACGACGCUGCAUACAAACUUCAGUUUUGUGCUGCUGGUGUAAGGGUUUAUGGGUGGUUACGGAUCCAUGUACACAGAACAUGUAAAUGUUUAUGUAUAAAGAAUAACUUUUAAAACUAUAUCAGCUGAAUUCUACCACCGGAUUUUUUUUAUUUCACACACCCAUUAAAAUGCAUUUUAAUCAUUUCCAUUAAUAAUUCACAUACAUUCACUUGCUCAACCUCAUAUCAACAAUUCAUUCUGUCAUACAUUUUAAAAUCAACAGAAAUUAACAGAAGUUAAUACUUGAAUCGACUCGUUCAGGUUAUAUUAAAACAUCAAUUUCCUCACAGAUGAAAAGCGCAAAGCUAUAAUGUAAAUGAAGAAUUGUUAAAUAUUAAGUUUUAAAUGUGCCAUGCUUUAUUUAAAUUAUCUUUCCAUCAACUUAAAGAACUGUUACAUUGUUAAAGCCUGUUUAAUACCAAUAAUAUAUUCUUUACUGCUGGUUAUUUUCCAAAGCAUACCAGAAGAGUUUUUUUAAUCAUUUUAUUUUAGCUCAACAUGAAAAUCAGAUUUCAGAGGUUUGAAAGUGGCUUAAUUUAGACGUUGUGUUGCAUUGCCAGACCCAGGUCGCAGGAGGAUCAACUGUGUGGUCAGAUUUAUUAUACUGUUGUUUUUUUAUUUGGUUGGAUAGUUUCUGAUUUAAAUCAGAAGUUUGCAAUCUUUAAUACAAAACAAAGGAGAGAAUGGCCUCUUCUCAACUUAAUGUUUAGUCUCCUGACUUCCUUUAGUGGGCUACAUGCACAAUCCAGGGAAAAGUUAUCACACAUUUGCUUCUUUUAAUUGAAUUAUUGACAACACUUGGCAAACGUUUGACUUCCCAACAUGAGGCAAACCUCACAGUGGAGGUCAGAAGAGUUGUGGCGAUGGCGGGGUGAAGACGAGGUCGACAUAAUCACUGGGACACACACUGAGGAAGGCAGAACCACAAACAUUCGUGUGUCAUGUACUGUUGCCAGUAAUUUAAUUAUAAAAAGAAUAUUUGUGAACACUUGCCUAAUAUGUGAAUUCAACAGACAACUUUAGACUAUUUUGUUCAGGCAAAAUAUGUCUGCAUGCAUCUAAAAAGUCUCCAAUCCUUUCAAAUGAUGCCCAGUUGUGGUAAUUUACUUUUAAAUACAUUACUGUGCAACAUUUGACCAAAAUAAAUGAGGACAUGGUGUUCACUGUGAUGGAUUACAUACUGCAACUCAGGCAGGCUUCAUGUCUCUGCCAACAGAUUCUUUGUGCAUGAUGGACA